GGAAGUGGCCGCUCCAUCCCCUCCUCUCGCUGCUCCCGUACCGGAAGUGGCCGCUCCGGCCGCUCCUCUCGCUGCUCCCGUACCGGAAGUGGCCGCUCCAUCCCCUCCUCUCGCUGCUCCCGUACCGGAAAUGGCCGGAGCGGCCGCUCCUCUCGCUGCUCCCGUACCGGAAGUGGCCGCUCCAUUCCCUCCUCUCGCUGCUCCCGUACCGGAAGUGGCCGCUCCAUCCCCUCCUCUCGCUGCUCCCGUACCGGAAGUGGCCGCUCCAUCCCCUCUCUAUGCUUCUCUCCUCCCCCGUCUGCGCCGCCGUCGCGUGCCCGGAAGCGCGGUGACGUCAUUGUUUGCGGAAGUGCCGCUGCGGAGCCGGGGUCCCAUGGAGCUGCUGUUCGGGCGCAGGCGCUCCCCGGAGGAGCUGCUCCGGCAGAACCAGCGCGCCCUGGCCCGCGCCGUGCGGGAGCUGGAGCGGGAGCGGCAGAAGCUCGAGGCGCAGGAGAAGAAAAUCAUCGUGGACAUCAAGAAAAUGGCCAAGCAGGGCCAGAUGGACGCCGUGCGGGUGCUGGCCAAGGACCUGGUGCGCACGCGGCGCUACGAGCGCAAGUUCAUGGCCAUGCGGGCCAACGUGCAGGGCGUGGCGCUGCGGGUGCAGACGCUGCGCUCGCACAGCGCCAUGGCCACCGCCAUGAGGGGCGUCACGCGGGCCAUGGCCACCAUGAACCGGCAGGAGUUCCAGAAGCAGUCGGAGCUGAUGGACAUGAAGGAGGAGCUGAUGAACGACGCCAUCGACGACGCCCUCGGGGACGAGGACGACGAGGACGAGAGUGACGCCGUGGUGUCGCAGGUUCUGGACGAGCUGGGGCUGAACCUGACCGAGGAGCUGGCCACGCUGCCGGCCCCCGGGGGCUCGCUGGCGGCGGGGGAGGGGCGCGGGGGGGCCGAGGGAGCCGCGGCCGCUUUGGCCGACGCCGACGCCGACCUGGAGGAGCGGCUGAAGAACCUCAGGAGGGACUGAGAGCGGGGAUUUGGGGAUUUUCUGGCACUUUCUGGGAUUUUUGGACUUUCUGGGAUUUUUCCCAUUUUUUUUCCGAUUUUUCUGGGAUUUUCCCCAUUUUUUUCCGAUUUUCUGGGAUUUUUCCCGAUUUUUUUCCGAUUUUUCUGGGAUUUUUCCUGGUUUUUUCCCGAUUUUUCCCGUUUUUUUUUCCGAUUUUUCUGGGAUUUUUCCCCAUUUUUUUCCAAUUUUCUGGAUUUUUCCCGGAUUUUUUCCGAUUUUUCCCAAUUUUUUUCGAUUUUUCUGAUUUUUUGGCGAUCCAGAUAGGGAACAUUUUCCCCCUUUAUUCCAAAUUCUCCUGGGAACCCCCCGAAGUCUGACCCCCUUUAUUUAGGAUUUUUCCCCCAUUUUGGAAUUUUUUGGGAAUUUUUUGGCAUUUUGGCGACCCCAGAUGGGAGAUUUUGCCCCUUUAUUCUGAUUUUUGGGGGGAUUUUUAGGUCUC